GCUCCCGCUCCCGCCGCCGCCGCGGGAUGGAGCCGGGCAAGGAGCCCCGGGCGGCCGCAGCGGCGAAGCCCGGCGAGCCCGAGCCGGCCGUGUCCUUCCAGGCGCGGCUCUGGCGGAACCUGCAGCUGGGGGGCAAGGGCAGGAGCGGCGGGCGGGCGGCGGCCGAGCGCCGCACUGCGGAGCCCCCCGCCGCCGCCCUGCCGCCGCCGGGCCCCGGCAAGGGCGACCCGCCACCCGGCGCCAAGUGGGGCGGCUUGAGGCGGAGGAAGCAGGCGCUGGACCGCGUCUUCUCGUCCUCCCAGCCCAACCUGUGCUGCUCGGCGGCCGAGCCGCUGGAGCCGGGCGGCGAGUCCGGCUCCGCCCUGCGCCGCCUGCGGGAGCACCUGCUCCACCAGGGCAAGGCGCCGCCGCCGCCCGGCCGCCGCGAGGAAGCCGCCGCCCCGCUGCCCGCCGCCGGCCCGGGCGGCGCGGCGGCGGGGGAUGAGGGGCCCGCGGGCAGGCGGGAGGAGCGCCGGCCCGGCGCGCACCUGUCCCACCAGAAGAGCUCCUCGCUGCCCAGCACCGCCUGCCUGGAGCAGCUGCUGCAGGGCUCGCCCACGGCCGGCCGGAGGAAGGAGCCGCGCGCCGAGGAGGGCGGCGGCAGCGGCAGCAGCGCGAGAACAAAUUCAGUUGGAACUAGUAAUGCAGAUUUUCCCUCUGCGGAUCCCAGUAUGUACCAGUUGGACAUUACUUUAAGAAGAGGACAGAAUUUAGCAGCACGGGAUCGUGGAGGAACCAGUGAUCCAUACGUCAAGUUCAAAAUUGGAGGAAAAGAGGUAUUUAGAAGUAAGACAAUACACAAGAACCUCAAUCCUGUGUGGGAAGAAAAAGCUUGCAUUCUUAUAGAUCAUCCCAGAGAACCUUUAUAUAUAAAGGUCUUUGAUUAUGACUUUGGACUUCAAGAUGACUUCAUUGGUUCAGCAUUUUUGGAUCUCACGUCGUUAGAAUUAAACAGGCAAACAGAUGUUACCUUGAGUCUUAAGGAUCCUCACUACCCUGACCAUGACCUGGGAAGUAUAUUGUUAUCGGUUCUACUGGCUCCUAGAGAAGAACAGCGAGAAGUAACAAUGCUAAUGAGGAAGAGUUGGAAAAGAUCAAGUAAGUUUCAGACACAGAGCUUGCGUCUCUCAGAUCUGCACAGAAAAUCUCAGCUAUGGAGGGGUAUAGUUAGUGUUACUUUGAUAGAAGGUCGUGAGCUUAAGGCAAUGGAUGCAAAUGGGCUGAGUGAUCCCUAUGUGAAGUUCCGGUUGGGGCAUCAGAAGUACAAGAGCAAGAUUGUGCCAAAAACUUUGAAUCCUCAGUGGAGGGAGCAGUUUGACUUUCAUCUCUAUGAAGAACGAGGUGGAAUUAUUGAUAUUACUGUGUGGGACAAAGAUGCUGGCAAAAGGGAUGAUUUUAUUGGCAGGUGCCAGGUUGACCUGUCGGCCCUAAGUAAAGAGCAGACUCACAAGCUGGAGAUGCGGCUGGAGGAGGGAGAGGGAUGCCUGGUACUGCUGGUCACUCUGACAGCCUCAGCUGCAGUCAGCAUCUCUGACCUCUCUGUCAACUCCUUGGAGGACCAGAAAGAGCGAGAGGAAAUACUGAAGAGAUAUAGCCCAAUGAGGAUGUUCCAUAACAUGAAGGACGUGGGAUUUCUGCAGGUGAAGGUCAUCAGAGCAGAAGCAUUGAUGGCAGCUGAUGUCACAGGUAAAAGUGAUCCAUUUUGUGUAGUUGAAUUGAACAAUGACAGACUGCUGACACACACUGUCUACAAGAACCUCAAUCCUGAGUGGAACAAAAUCUUCACAUUCAAUAUUAAAGACAUCCACUCGGUUCUUGAAGUGACGGUUUAUGACGAAGACCGCGAUCGGAGCGCUGACUUUCUAGGCAAAGUUGCUAUACCGCUGCUGUCUAUUCAAAAUGGUGAACAGAAAGCCUACGUCUUGAAAAACAAGCAGCUGACAGGGCCAACAAAGGGGGUCAUCUAUCUUGAAAUAGAUGUGAUUUUUAAUGCUGUGAAAGCCAGCAUACGAACCUUAAUGCCCAAAGAACAGAAGUACAUUGAAGAGGAAAACAGACUGUCUAAACAGCUGCUGUUAAGAAACUUUAUCCGCAUGAAGCGUUGUGUCAUGGUGCUCAUAAAUGCUGCCUAUUAUGUUAACAGUUGCUUUGACUGGGAUUCACCCCCAAGAAGUCUCGCUGCUUUUUUGCUUUUUCUUUUUGUGGUUUGGAACUUUGAGCUCUACAUGAUACCACUGGCUUUCUUGUUGCUGUUGGCAUGGAACUACUUCUUGAUCAUAUCAGGGAAAGAUAACAGGCAACAUGAUACAGUAGUGGAGGACAUGCUAGAGGACGAGGAAGAAGAGGAUGACAGAGAUGACAAGGACAGUGAGAAAAAAGGAUUUAUGAAUAAACUUUAUGCCAUCCAGGAGGUGUGCGUCAGCGUCCAGAAUGUCCUUGACGAAGUGGCUUCCUUUGGAGAAAGGAUAAAGAAUACAUUCAACUGGACUGUCCCAUUCUUAAGCUGGCUGGCAAUUGUUGCCCUCUCUGUGUUCACAAUCAUCCUGUAUUUCAUUCCACUGAGAUACAUUGUCCUUGUCUGGGGCAUCAAUAAAUUUACAAAGAAGCUUCGAAGUCCAUAUGCAAUUGAUAACAAUGAGCUACUUGAUUUUCUGUCCAGAGUUCCGUCAGAUGUACAAGUGGUGCAAUAUCAUGAACUGAAACAAGAUCCCAGCCACAGCCCAAGUAAGAGGAAGAAAAACAAUCCUGGCUAGCCAACUUCAUGGACUGAAGAGACUAGCAUCUGCUGGGGGAAGAUAAAAGCAAAAGCCUACAGCCUAAGCAGCAUUUCCUUUCUUUAAGCUUUUUAUUUAUUUUGCCUUUUUAUCUAAUGGAGAGAAUUUGUAAAUACUGUAUAAAGGCAUUUCUCAUUGAAUAUAUACUUAGACUGUAAAGACAUAUUUGAUGAAGGUUUCAAGUAGGGCUUUGCUGUUGGGAAACCUAGUUAGAGAUGGCAUAACAUAUUAAGGGAAUCGGUGUAAAAUGGUAAAUAUGUACUGCUACUUGAUGGUCAAAGAUACCUUAAAUAUUCAAAUCAUGUCGAUUAAAUCUGCAAAAGAUGUAAAUUUAAAUCUGACUCAGAAAAACCAGUCAGGUUUUAUCUGUGAACAUUAAUAUUUUUAUCCAAUAAGUGACCAUUACAAUUUUCUAUGUUUUGUACAUUUCAACAGAAAUACAAUGUAGUGGAACCUACUGCACUUAAGUUUUAACAGAUUUUUUGAACUCUAGACCCUGAUAUUAACUCCUCGUGCAAUGUAUUCCUGUGCAGUAGGGCUGCUUGUAAGCUAGUGAACAAACCAAGUGCAAAUCUCUUACUGGAGCUCCCAAAAGAAGUUCCUGAUGUUUUAAUCAUUCCAUCAUAAUACUUAAAAAUCUCUCUUUCUCUCAAAAUACUGCCAGGUUUGUAAUUGAUUGCCUAUCUGAUUUUUUUUUAUAUGUACCAGUAAUCUUAAUUUGUACUACAUAGUUUAGUGAAUGAGUCCAUAGUUCUGGUGUAAUGGAAGUACUAUCAAACUAACUCCAUAUUGCUUUGGGUGUCAGGCUAUCUACACCUUUUGUGCACAUAACUAUUUUAAUACAGAAAUCUUGCAAAAAUAUUUUUGCUUUCAAAUCACAAGAUCAUAUUAACAUGCUUAUGAUGUAACACUUUACCUGUUACCAAUGUGAAAUAUAGCUUAGAGGAAAAAAUGCAGUUGUGAUAAAACUGAUAUACCAGUUUUAUUUUCUUAGCUAAUGAUGUAAUCAGUUCUUCUGAUACAGUUGUGCCCUACUGCAUGGAAACUGCAUUAUUUUAUAGGUUAAAUGGAACAUACAGAACAAACAUUUACAUUUCAGAUGUUUUAAUGGCCACUACGUAGUGACUACUUAAGGAUAUAUUCCGAUAUUUUUGCAUGUAGAGUUCCACACCGAACUGCCCACAUAGUGAGUGGAAAAUUCAUUCCUGAGGGACUAACUGUGCACAGCUCUUAGUCAUAGCUCCCAGUGACGUCAAAGGGAAUUUUUGCCCAAGUGAGAACUGCAGGACUAUACCCUCAAAAGAAAAAUUUCUCCUGUUGCUCUCUGUGGGGUACCUUUCAUUUGUUGCAAUUGCUGAGAAAGUUAUAUUGCGCUAGUCCAACAACACUUUUUGAAAAGAUUAUUUAGAAAUACUUUGCAGGCAAAUGUACACAUACUUGACUAAAGAAUUACUUGUUGGGUGCAUUGCUCGUGAAAGAUCAUUCUGAAUGUGUUUAUUUUACAGAUACGUUGAUAACCAGUUUCUUAUAUUACAGUUAUUUUGAUCUUUUUGUUUUACGUUUGAAAGAAUGCCAAUCCAAUUAAUGUUCUGUUGAAAGUCUUAGACCUAAAUAUGGUUUUGUUAGAUCAUGAUUUCCCAGGAAUUUAUUUGCAAAGGUUACAUACCCACCUUUUCACUGUAUGUUGCCUGAAGAACAACAUAAGAUUGAUGAAGUCAGAAGCACAGAUGAGCCUCUUUUUGUUUUAAAAAAACACUUUGACAAUUUGUGAAUAUUUGUUCCCAGUUGUCAAUUUUGCAAAGUCUUUCUGAUAUAUUGCAAGCCUUGUACCUUCUCAAUAUUGUCCAUCGUUCUGUGUAUAAUUUCCUGUUGUGGGGUUUUUUUUUCUGUAAUAAGUUUCAAAUGUUUAGUUUGGUAAUGUCUUGAGUUAUAUACAUUUAUUGCAUUAAACACAGUUUUAAGCGUCUCCAUA